GGGUGAUGGUCCACUGAUCACAAGCAUGCUUUCCUGACAAGUACGUUUCAACACUACAGACUCGAAUCAGAGGAAUACAGAUUAGCAAACCAUGGCUAGUGUCGGAGGAGCUUCGAUAGACGAUGGUAUGGACAACGUUGAGCUAACACAGAGUCAAGACACAGGGUAUCGUCGCUACAGAGACUUGCCUCACCGUAGCUUCAAUGAAACACUCAAAACUCACUCCAGCUUUGCAGUGAAGCUCUCCGAGACAGCUGUUGAUUUUCUCAACAAAGUGGCAGCGGCCGAGGAGCAGCACGCACAGCAGCUCAUGAGUAUCGUUAAGAACUACCGUAAAAAGACGGCAGACAACCUCAAGAAAGACCCGCUGAUGGUCAACAGUACAGGGUUCAGUGCGUGGGAGAGUCUGAUUGGAGAGGUGGAGAGAGAGUCGAGGAGCUGUACACAACUCUCUCAGAAACUCACAACCUCCGUCAGUCAACAACUGAGUGACCUCACUGCUCGAAAGAAGAGUCUUAUCAAGAAGUGGUUUGCGUUUCGUGACGUGUACAUGGGUCGAGUGGACAAGAUGGAGGACUUCACUGGCAAGAUGUACAGAGAGUAUCAGGACCAGUGGACAAAGUACGCAGAGGCCCUGGAGAAGGGGGAGGAGGCAGUAAAGGACUCCAUGGUGCUGCACAGCUACAACACUCACAAUGACUAUGUGAUGCAACUGGCUGGCUUCAACCACCUCCACGAUGAAUUCUAUGGCAAACAAGUCUUCGACAUGCUCAACGAACUGCAGGCAGUACACGAGGAUUUGGUGAAGGGGUUCAAACAUUGUCUGCAGAAGAGGAUUCAGUAUGGAGAGGAGAAGUUGAAGACGUCUCUCUCUCAUCUUUCUGACCUCCAACAAGUCCUCGACUCCAUCAGUGCUCCAGCCGACAUCUCGACCUUUGUUACCAAUCAAAACGUCCUGGUUAAAGAGUACCCUCCUCCUCCGUGUCAGUUCAAAGCUCCUGACCUACCCACUCCCAAGCUACCCGACACACCCCCUGUAGACUUGAGCCCCCUGGAGGGCCACCUGCAGCUGGUGGACAUGACCCAGGCUCCCCUCAUCCACGCUCACGAGGGCAUCAAGAAGAACGAGAGUGACGUGGCCACUGCUCUGGAGCAACUGCAUAAAGAGUACCAGUCCGUCAAGACACUACUCGACAGUUACCGUGACAACCCGGCCCUGGGCGACCCCAACUCGUUGAUUGAGGAGCUACUGGAGAUGAGGAAUAAGAUCAGAAUAAAAGAGGUGGAGCUCAUUGUCAUCAGGGGCAAGCUCUCACUGUUCACUCACCUGAAUGUGGAGGGUGCGUCACCAAUAGGAUCACAGAUCAGUAUGGAGGAGAACUCCCUCUCCCCCACCAACCUCUCAAGGGGGCGUCCAAUCAAGACCAGUACGACCUUUGUACUCGGGCGAAGUCAUGAGUUUUUGGAGGACGAGCGGAAAAUCAGAAAAUUGCAGUUGUGCUCCUAUUGCAAGGGAGUCAUUCAACCUCCUAUCUCUCGAGGCUUCAAGUGCAAAGUGUGUAAGACCACAGUCCACAUCAAGUGCCAGAACUACAUCCCCUACUGUGAGGGGCUACCUCCAACCAAGGACCCAGCAAAGUUUGCUGCAUCCGUGUCUAAAGUGACCAAUCGUCUCUCGAUGCUCCUACAACGCAAGACCAGCAACGCCCCCAGCAGCAGCGGUGGCUCUCCCACUGGAUCAUUCGAUGAAUUUGGGUAUGAUGAGGAUGAGACUCUGGGGGGCUUGUAUGAGCUGCCCCCCCAACCUCCGACUAGAACCCCCUCCAGGAAGACCACCUCUCCUGAACACCUUCCUAAACCACCACCUCGUGGAGAAUCACUCUACUCAAGGGCUGAGAUUGAAGAUGCCCUGACCCACCAUAGCUUUGAGCAGACCGUAGAGCUGGCUGAUUCCUACAGCUAUUGUGUGGCCAUGUAUGACUACACCAAGGUCAACCCUAACGACGUUUCUCUCAUGGCAGGGGAUGUGAUAGCUCUCAUAAACACGGCCAGUGGAGAUUGGUGGAAAGGAUCUGUUGGAGACAAAAAGGGUUAUUUCCCAGCCACAUACGUCCAACUGGUAUCCCGUGGCAACAUUAUCAUGAGAGCAAUCUAUGACUACUCCCCUCUAGACUCUGGGGAAAUCCCCUUGGAGGAAGGACAGAUUGUGAUUCAGACGCGGUGUGAGGGAGAUGGUUGGCUGUUUGGCAAGUCGGGAGUGGAUAAUGAGGGACUCUUCCCAGAGAACUAUGUGCAGAAGUUAGACAUUGUUAGCUAAUUAUAUAUAGCAAUAAUUAUAUUUUUCUCUUUGUUAGCAAUGUAAUUUUCAUCUGUGUGCAAUGCUAUUACAAUACUAUUGUAGUGUAUAUACGUGAUAUAAAUUCACUGCUUUUAAUUUAUUAUUACUGUAGCUAUAAAGUGAAAACGAUUGCCUGAAUGUUUCCUACAUGUAUAUACUGGUAUACCGUA